UUUUGGUUGAGUUGAGUUGAGAAUACAAAUACGAAUGCGUAUUGCAACUUUCCUUAAAACUUCUCGAGUAUUAAUAAAUACUGAACGGAUUCCUUCAAUUCUUUAUGAUACUUGAUAUUUGUAUAAUAUCGAUCCGCAUCUCCUCUCCAUCCUUGUCGUCUUGCAUCUGCGACUUGGGACUGGAACUUCCUAGCAACCAACCCAAAAAGAUCAUAACCCCUGCAUGUCUCUAUCUCCAUCAGUACUUUGAAGUUUGUAAAAGCUUCAGAACGCGCAUAUCGGCUUUGACGCGUCCGCAUUAUCAAUUGGGAUUGCGCAAUAAUUCCCAGACUUUGAAUCAAGUACACCACGGCGAGAAGCUACUGGGUCUUAUAAUCCAAGACGGUACGGUACGAUACAGUACAAUACGAUAAUAAGAUAUUAGAAUGGACCCCAAGAGGAAGGUUAAUGGCGGAAGUACUGCGGAUCAAGAUGAUGCGGACCGCGUUGCGAAGAGAAGAAAGCUUCCUGUUGUAAGUUUGCGCCUAUUUUGUUUUUGCUUAUGAUAAAGAUAAAGAUACAAAGUUUGGCGCAUUGAUAUUGUUCGUGGGGUUUAAAUAAAAUAAAUACCUGUCUACCAGCUUUUGUCUCCAUUGGUGGCAGGGAAGUGAACCGGCGCACAACCACUUCUUCUUACCCUUCAUUUACAUCAUUCUUUAUGAAAUGCGAAAACGUUCGAGAAAUCGAGGCUGACAUUGAAUAGAAUGGUGACCUAAGCCAAGGCCAGACACCAGAAACAACGACUUAUUAUGGAUUGAUACUUUUGAACCAACUGAGAACGGGUCUGGAUAAACAGUGAGUUCACCUACCUCCAAAUGAUUGCUCUUCAGGUUCCGCAGUACGCACAUUUGAAUUCGCACAUUUGAAUUUCGCAACCCUUUUUGACCCCCCGCCCCGCUCCGAAUAUACAAUUCAUGUAUCUUCCUCCAUCUGCAUUGCACCCUGCUAAUAGCGAUGUCUCUCUACAGGGGCCGACCGUUCGCAACCAAUUUCCUCACCCUCCCGGAUAGGAAAGAAUUCGCCGCAUACUAUGCGGUGACGAAGAUGCCAAUCGCCUUUGAUACCAUUCAAGAAAAGUUGGACAAUCAUGACUUUGCUACUUUAUCUGAGCUUGAGAGCUUCUUCAAACGCCUAGUAAAAAAUGCUAAGGAUUACAACGAACGGGAAUCUAUAAUUCAUCGUGAUGCUGAGCGCAUACGAAAGGCUGUGGUUAAAUUUAUGACUGACAAUAAUCCAGAGUAUAAGACAAAUCCGGGUCUGAAGCUGGAGCCUACGCCAAUUGCACCUGUCGAGUCUGUCGUAUCUAAACCAGUCGAGCCCAAGCCUGCACCUAUACCUGCCGAGCAAGAAGAUAGCGAUGCGGAUGCAGAGGGAGAACCCGAAGACCUGGGGGAGGAAAUCAAGGCUGAACCAGUUCCAGUCGCAAAACGAAGAGGUCGGCCUCCAAAGAAUCCUGGAGCACCACGCAAGAGUACCACUCCUGCUAUAUCCGAUUCUCAAUAUGCUGGUGUCAGCUUUGUGGGACUUACUUUCCAACAAGCACAAGAGAAGAUUCUAGCUGACGUCCUUUCGCACAAAGAAGACCCUGCGUAAGUACUGCGGCCUACAUUAUUCAAUUAAGCUAAUAUGGAAAUAGGGACGAUUUCUUUGAAUUUGAGCCUUUCGUAGCAUUGCCACCACGCAGUUUGAAAGAUUAUUAUCAUGUAAUUCCAAACCCACAUUGCCUAAAGGACCUGCAAAAACGAGUCAAGGGAACACAUGGAGGAAAACAUGCCACGGGUGUUAGCGAUUUCAAGUCGUGGGCUGCGCUUGAAGAAGAUGCAAGUUUGAUAUGGAAGAAUGCAUAUCACUACAAUGAAGAUGGCAGUGAAAUCUUUAAUCUAGCAAAGGACCUUGAGGUAUGUAAUUGGCUUCUCACUAAACAACUCUCCAUUAACAUCUUCCAGACCUUUUUCAAGAAGACUUUAGAAGAAGCCAAGAAGGCUGUGCCUGAGCCUGUGAUCCCCAAGAUAAAAAUUAAUGUCAAGGCUCCUGAACCCAGUCCAAAAAUAACUCUGAGAGUCGGAGUACCUAGAGCAGCGGACUCACCAGCUCCAUUAACCAAUGGUUCUAACGGGACUGUGAACUCUGCAACCUCCUCCAACAGCGAAACACGUAGAAAUCCGUUUGGUGGUUCGCACUCUACCGCGACACCAGCUCCAAAUUUGGGCCAGUUAGAGAGAGCUAGGAGCAUGUCAAAUUCUGCAGCAUCUCCAACACUUUCAAAUUCAGUACCGGUAAAAAGUGAGGAAGCCCUAAGCAAGUCGCCCGCUGCACCAAUACAAUCAACCCCACGACCGAUCAGCCAAACUGUCUCGACGCCGACCCCGGCUCCAAGUAACAUGCUUCCACCACAUACACCCAAUGCGUCUAAUCACAAUUCAUAUAAUCAGAGUGGUUAUGCACAAUCUUUCAACCAUCAGGCCGCAAAUCUAGGCCUGGAAUCCAAAUUCAGAGCACCAGGAAAAGGUGAGUAACGAUCUACUUUGUGCCCAGAUAAAGAACUUACAAAACCUAGAUGCAUCUCAUGCUAUGAUCACAAACUUGAGCAUUGCAACUCAUCCACGCCUCAAUGUUUCUCGUCAUUUUCAUAUGGAUCUACCCCCGUCUGCAACAUUGACGCAACAAUCUAUCACGAUCAACCUCCCUUCGACGCACUACUACCUCCAAAUCAAGCCAACAAUCGCUCAGGCUUUGCUCGAGCGUCAAUACAAGAUAUUUGUCACGUCUGGAGUAACUAGAUUGCAUGCUAUACCACUCAUACCCAAUCAUGGAGUGGAUCCUCGACAACCUCUAUUCGAAGCUCGUCUUCUUCCUGGUGUGAACAAAAUUGAAGUUGAAUUGAUUGCGGCCCUUCCUAAGGGUACGGUAAAGCCUGCUGGUGGACCUGAUGUCGAGAUAGAAAAGAUUACAGUGUUCGCCAAUUUGAUGAGGAAUUGAUAAGAGUAUUAUUUAUUGUUCAAAGGCUGCGAGACUGGCCCAAUAGCAAUGGCGUUCUCCUAGCAUUCUUAGUAUUUCUGCGUUUGAAGUUAAACAUAAGGGGCGUUUCAGAAAGGCCGUCGCAAUUGUUCGAUUUGGCAUUUCGUGGGGUUUGGCAUUGUACAAGUAAUUUAUGUAUCGUGGAAUCGGGGGUGAAUCUCUGAUAUGAUAAUAGAGCUGUGUUAGAUAUCAAGCUCUGGAGUUGGAGAGGAGAGAACGCAUAUUUCCUCAGUUAAUCAAGCAAAUAAUUUCAACAUUCAAACCAAAUUUGAACGGUGAAAUGGCC